CGACGUCACUGCCACAGCCACCAUGUUGGAUCAGGAAGUAGGCAGAGUCGAAGCAGGAAUCCCGAGCCGAGACUAACGCUGACGGCCGUCUUUAUUUGAUCGGUCCACCGUUUCACCGCUCUCACCUUUAACAUCCAGGUUACAUGCUGCGUGGCUUUUUCAGUGGUCGAGGUAGGCGCUUUCCUUCGGAUUCGAUCGUUUCGCAGCAGCAGGAGCAGCAGCUAUGUCCUCUCUCACGCAACGGAGCUCGGGCCUCGUCCAGCGGAGGACCGAGGCCAUUCGCAGCGCCGCCGCCGACAAGGAGAGGGAGUCCGGCGGGGAGGAGGACGAGGCUCGCCGCGGGGAGGAGGAGGACGACGACAAGGGGGACUCGAAGGAAACUCGGCUCACGCUGAUGGAGGAGGUGCUGCUGUUGGGCCUCAAGGAUCGAGAGGUGUGGGCUGUGUUUAAUCCGUGAUCUAGUAGGGUUUAUUCGUUUGGAGGCUCGUCAACGCAACACUUCGUUAAGGGACGUAUUUGCAAACGUCAGUAAAGUUUACUCAGGCAAAGGUUAACUAGUCGAAAAUGUGAUAUAUUACGGCUUUGUGCGCCUGUUUGUGGUGAAGCAACGCUUACUACAUUGUGUAUAAACAUGUCACAAAUACGUCGUGCUAAUAUCUUCACCGUAAGCUGCGUUUACUUGUCGCUAGUAAGCUGGUGAAUGAAAGCAAUCAGCUCAAGUUAAGCUAAUUAACUCGUGUAACUUUCUACGUGGCUCUCUCUCUCUCUCUGUGUCGCUACCUGGGCAGUUUUUGACAACUUGCCAGCAGUAAUGUGACUGUAACCCUGUCUCCUGUAUUCAUACAAACACGUCAGCUAUGCUAACAAACACUACACCUUGGCUUUACCCUUUCUUCCUCCUCCUCCUCGUUCUACCAGGGUUACACGUCUUUCUGGAACGACUGUAUUUCUUCCGGACUUCGAGGGUGUAUGCUGGUUGAGCUGGCUCUCAGAGGACGGCUACAUUUAGAGCCCUGUGGUGUGAGGAGGAAAAGCCUGCUCUCAAGGAAGGUGAGGAGUGUUGUGCUGAUGUGUUCAGGUGUUCUGAGGAAAAACGAAGCUGGGCUCAUUCUUAAGAAGGAAGGACUUCAUGAGCAGAUAUCCUGUCAUUCAGAUACACUACACUGAUCAAACAUAACAUUAUGAAUACCUGGUUAUUCUUAUGUAACCCAAUACAACAACUCCACCGUAGCUUCCACUUUAACCCCAGAAUACUAUCACUAAAAUUAGUAACACCAUCACUUUUGCCGGGUGAUUUAUACCCAAAAUAAUGUACCCAAGAAAAAGGACUUGUCAUCUAAAUAUUUCAAGAAAUUUUCUUUUAUUUUUAAUUGUGCAAUGUCCAAAGGGAGGGAAAAAGUGCCAUAAGGGGACCAUAAAAAAUGCAGCAAAAAAACUGAAAUUAGGCAUUCAUGAACAAAAAAUUCCUCAAAAAAUAUUAUAUAUAAACUUUAAACUUAGUUUCUUUUCCACCCAUUCCUUGGGCAUGUGAGUCUCCCCUGGUGAAGACUAAAGGUCUUCGGCACAAUGACAGCUGCAGGAGAGAGAACCAAAAUAUGGCAGAUUUUGAGUGAGUAAAAAUGACCAGCUGACUAAAAUAUUUCUUAUCACCAUGUGAAUUCCUUGAAAAUUACUACUUUGUGAUAGUUAUUCAUAACCACUACACUAAUUAAAGAUAGCAUGCAAAUUCCAGGACCACUCUUACUGACCUUAUUCGCCUACAUGCAGCUGUCAAAUCCACCCAAACUUACUUUACUCUCUAUCACUAUUAAGAGAUGAGACAUGCCUGUAGGAAAAAGCAGGUUUUGGAUCAGGGAAACAAAUAUUCCUUCAAAGAUGUCAAAGGCAAUGCUGAAGCUACUCAAGAACCCAUGAUACUCAGACAAAGGCAACAUAAUGAAAAUCAUGUAAACAUGUUUGGUCGGGUGAAAAUUACCCGGCGAUAGUGUUCUAGGGUUAAUGAAGCUCCUGUUGACAUGGGCUGUAGGGUAAUAAUUGUUCUUGAAAUAAACAGUUGAAGUUGUAGUGAGUGUAGGUACUUCAUCCUUUAUCAUUGCUUCAUUUGCAAACAUUAAAACACCUACUUAUACUGAACAUGUAUUUUCAGAAACAUUAAGUAAUUCACAAAUCUUGUUUAUUGUUAUUAACAAAACAAGGACUUCCGACUGCUACAACUAGGAAGUGCAAUCCACAAUGUUAUUUUUAAAAUAUAGCUGCAAAGGAUACAGGAGAGCUCUUAUUGAUUUUAUGGGUUGGGGACCUUUCUUCUUCAAGCUCUAAUGUACCCUUGUGUCUUGCAUGUUUUGAGUUGAUCCUCUCACAGCUCUUAGAUUUAACAGUUGCAUGAUGCAGCCUCUGUGGAAGGAUACAGAUAUAAAUGGCUUAUUUUUCAAGGCUGUACUGAUAAAUGUGCUGACUUCUACUUUACAGCUGUAAAAGGUAAAUGUUAUUGUUAAAGUCAAUAACUAGGUUACUUUAAGUUAACAGCAACUUAUGAUGACUAACUUAGGACUUUGAACGAAUAAUGUGCAACACAUUUAUAUUAAUACAGGCUACCAAAAUGAUGUUCUGACCUGUUUUUUUUUUUUUUUUUACCUAGGAGGGAAUCAGAAAAAGUUUUUUUAAGAUUAUACUAAAAAAAAUUUCCCCACAUUCCUAAAUGCUUCUUGAAUGCAGGGAUUCCCUGAUGGGAAGUUGCAUUCUUGACUUUGGCGUGUUCGCCACAGUCAGCAAUGCCACAGAUCCACCCCAGGCCUCAAGUUGAAAUUUGUCAACAGCGCUGACAUUUCUAAUAUUGCGUGUUGGAUUUUCACUGUAGAGCACUAACCCAGGACAAUCCAUCAUGCAAAGUUACAGACAGUCUAAACUCAUAUAUUAUACCUCACAUGGUGUUCAGGUGGAUUUUUCUUGUCAUCAACACAGCAUUUACCUGAGCCCACCUUUUGUUCUCAUCUUUGUCAUCAGGUUUGUUCUGUUUGGAAGUAAGGGAAAAAUUUGACCUGACGUUAAGAGUCAUGGUUCCAACCCUAAAGAGGCAUUCACAUACAUUUGCACUGUUGGAAAUGCAUAUUUUGGUUAUUAUUAAGACACAAACUCACUCCUUAUUUCUUGGGUUUUCAGAGUUGUUUUAAAGCUUCCAAUGUGUCCAGGACUUUUUGUUCAUGAUAAGAAGCUACAAAGUAAUUCAGCCUUAUAAUUUUGUAUAGGAGAACAGAGAACCGUUGUAGAAACACAUUUUGCCCUUCAGUGAGGCAACCAGUGAUGUCUUCCACAUUGACAAAGUUAACUCACACCCGCAACUUCACUUAUGCGUGAAAUGCCCUGCUGUUUGACAGCUUGGCCCACCAAAAGUUCCUCUGAAUUUCUGAGUUGAAGGUGGUCACAUUAAGAGUCAGUCUGCCGCACUAGAGUGUUUUUUCACGGCACAAGAAUCAUGACACCCUUUUUUUCUCUAUUGUUUCUGAAGAAUCCAUGAGAGAAAUUACCUUUUGUUUAAGUGUGUGUAUUAGGUCAUGUGCAAACAGGAUGUGAGUCUGGUUGGAAGCUGCACAGACGUUAAUAUUCAUCCCAGUUCAAACAUGCAACUUUUUGUUUGCCAAGGUGAUCUGCAAGUCAGACGCCCCGACAGGAGAUGUGCUGCUGGAUGAGGCCUUGAAGCACAUAAAAGAAACCCAGCCUCCAGAGACUGUGCAGAGCUGGAUAGAGCUGCUGAGUGGUGAGAUAAGCCCUUCAGAGUUUACUUAAUAGAUCACACAUAUCUCUUGGACAUACUAGCUUUUUUUUUUUUUUUUUUUUUUUACUGUUGUUCAAUACUCUUUCAUCUGUAUACGUCAAUGUUGGGUGACCAAGAAAAAACUGCGCUGAUGUCUUUUUUAACAGGUCUUGAGGCAGCAAACACAUAAAAAAGUGGUUUCUGUGUCUUUAAUUGUUUUUUUUUCUGUCUCUAAAGGAGAGACCUGGAAUCCCCUGAAGCUGCACUACCAGCUGAGGAACGUUCGAGAGCGUCUGGCCAAAAACCUGGUAGAGAAAGGGGUCCUCACCACAGAGAAGCAGAACUUCCUGCUCUUUGACAUGACCACACAUCCGCUCACCAACAGCAACAUUAAACAGGUGAGCUGAAGGAGUCUGCAAACAAGGUUAUUUCGCUUUAAUGAGAGGGACUUUCUACAAUAUUGACGUGGACUUAAACAAAUACAUGAACAGUUACUUCAAAGUCAGACUCAGAUUUUGUCUAUUAUAGUUUGAAAUUCCUAAAAGAAUGAGAAGAAAUAUAGAAUAGAAUAUUUCUUUAUUGAUCCCCAUGGGGGAAAUUUUUUUGCCACAGCAGCAUCACAGACAAAGGUAGUGCAAAAUGCAGUUAUAAAAAUAAAGAUCGUAAUAUUAAGAACUUAAAUAAAUAUUAUAAUUAAGAAAAAAAUUAGAAAAAAGAAUAAGGGGGAGAACAAAAUAAAAUAAAAUAAAACUAUUUACAAAUAAAAUAAAACUAUAUACAAGGGCUCUUUUGUUACACAACUUUGCUUUCAUAAAAUUACAACUUUUAUCUAUGCAGUCAAUAAAAAAAAAAAAAAAAAAGGUUAUAACAACCAGGUCUACCUAUGAAAUGUCUCUGCAGCUGAACUUGUUGAAUGAAUCAUGAAAAGUGGUGAAACUUCAAAGCUGGUCCACAAAUCAUAUUACAUCCCCAGCACCAAAAAAGUUUAGACACUGUGUAAAAUAAUCUUAAAAAUCAGAUUUUGAUGGUUUGUAAAUCCGUUAAACCCUUUAGUCAACUGAAAAUAGUGCAGGGACAGUGUGUCAAAUGUUGAAUCAGAAAAAUAUAAUUCUGUAGAAAUAACAUUCUCGUUUAAAUCCUGUAUCGAAAAUCACUGCACAAGCUUCAAAUUUGACAUUCUUCCUGGAAGACGACAGAGACCACCCAGCUUGUUAUCAGUGCACAGUUCAAAAGCCUCACCUGUGAUGGUGUCGGAGUGCAUAGGUGCUUUUGUGUGUGCACCUCACAUAUCUGGGAACACUCCAUUAAUUCUGAACUAAGUAUUCAGGUUUAGAAGCUGCCAUUCAGACAAUGCCCUUUCAGCAAGACAUUGUCAAACCACAUUCUGCGUGUACUACAACUCCAUGGCUCUGUAGCAGAAGAGCUGACCUGCCUUGAGUCCCAACUUAUCAGUACACUAACGAGCAGUACUCACGUUAGUAAUCAAAUUAAUGUUGGUCUUUGUCAGCUACAUACCCAAGCUGAAAUUAAGCAUUUCAGCCUCUGGUUUAGAAGUAAAAUGAACAUACUGAGACUUUGAGGAUGUUAUUAUUCUUGAUUAAAGGAGAAUUGAAGUUUCCUCACUUCAUAAUAUAUUAAAAGCUUCCAGCGUGUAAUGUGUUAAAAGAAAGGCUGCUGUCAGGAUAAAGAUUGGGUAGGAUAAACUACAACAAGAUGUUCCAAGAUUGUACUCAUGUCACUCAGUUUUAUAUAUGUGAUGCAUGUCAUGAGCAUAAAAUACUCAGUCAAUAUCAUUGCCUACAGCGCCUCAUCAAGAAAGUCCAGGACUCCGUCUUGGAGAAGUGGGUCAACGACCCCAACCGCAUGGACAAGCGAAUUCUGGCUCUGAUCCUUCUGGCCCACUCAUCCGAUGUUCUCGAGAAUGCCUUCGCCCCACUCCAAGACGACCAAUACGACCUGGGCAUGAAGAGAGUCCACACUCUGCUUGAGCUGGAGCCUGAAAAGGAGAGCACGAAGCCCAACACCAAUGAACUCAUGUGGGCUGUGGUGGCCGCGUUCACUAAAUGAAAACACCUGAUUGGUUGGACUGGAAGAUCUGGCUAUGGUCUGUGUUAUUUAAUCGGUUGAAGGACUUCACUUAAUGAGACAGACUUCACUCUAAUGAGACAAUCUAUUUUUGGUUGGGGAGCCUGUUUGUACAUCUAUUCCAGAUGACAUUUGUUGGUGGUAGUCCAUUUUAACCCAGUGCAAUGAUUGGUGGUGGGCUUCACCAAAUAACGUUUGGUUGGUUGGAACGAUCUAAUGAAAUACGACUGACUGCUUUCACUCAAUGAGGUAAAAAAAAGAAAAAGAAAAAAAAAGACCUGCCAACGGCCUUGAUACACAUGUAAACAUCAACGAUACAAACAGAUGUGCGUCUGUUAAUGUUAGACAACGACAAAGAACAAAGAUGGUGGCCGCAGCAGUCAUUGUGGAUAUGAAGAUUUUUGACUGGGGCCAAGUUUCCCUUCUUCAAUGAGGAAACAUCUCUCCAUCAUUACAAGAUCAAGCCAGAAUGUCACGCUGGUCUCCAUACUGUCCCCACACGCUUAUGCAAGGAUACAGGAUAGCAAACCACACGGCUAAUGAUGCUUUUUGCACUCACGCAGGUCAUCUGCUUUCACCUUUUCAUUCCCACCUGUCUUCAGACUUUGGGGUUGCUGUUAGAGUAGACUACCUGAAUGUUCCUACAUUCGCUUUAGCUUCUCAUGAAAUCCUCUUUUCUCUUUUCCUCCUCAGCACAUUGUGAGGAGGAAAAGAAGAAAGCUAAUAAACACUCUAGGUUAUCUUUUCUUUUCUUUUUUUCUUUUGUCUCUUCCUCGGAUGAAGAAUUAAACUUUUAGUCUAACCAAAAGUCAUUAUGUUUCUGUUUCUGCAAAGGGUCAGAGCUUGACCAGUCUUCCAUUUGUAUUUAUGUUACUUAUCGAUGCUUGGAGUAGACGCCAUUUAAACUAUUUUGCACAGUCAAUAGCCCAGUAUGUAGGUUGUAGAUCGUAUUUAGCAAACAUGGCAGAAAAUAAAAACAGAUCUCACUUAUUUUUGUCUACAGCUAUUGAGCUUUAUUAUAUCUUAAAAAGCAUUCCUCUGGAUAUAUAAUAAAGAAAAAAAGCUUCUACUCAUAUUUUGAUGUGUGAGUUGAGAUGGAAACGUGGGAAUGCUAACAGUGAUCAAAUCUAUUCUGGUAUUCUUCACCCCAGACAUAUAUCUUAUACAUGUGGGCUGAAAAGGUUAGCUUACUGGGCUAGUUUCAGGACAGAAAGGCGUUGAUUCUCCCAAAUAUUUAACGUUUCUGUGUGUAACACUAGUAGUAUCUGCAGCAGCCAUGCAGGUAGUUGUGGUUGUAUUCAGCUGCUGAAAUCCCAGAGAGAGUGUUUCCUAUUCAGACGCUAAUCAGCUGUAAAAUAAUAUAUCUGAAACAACAUCUCUUCCUGGAGUUUUUGUGACUAACCUACAAAGUUUCCAGUGUUUUUAUUUAGAAGUACUGUUUUUCUCUUUUGGAAGAUACCCCUCCCUCUCCCCCUCUGUGAAAUGCAAAUGACUCAAGGGAGGUAAGUGACACCGAGUUUUGUUUAACUGAGGUGAACUGGCGCCAUUGUUCCACUUCAUUUGUGUCUUAGUUUGUCCGUCAUGUCAACACAUGAUAUUUUUGCAGUCUAUUUUCUUGUUUCAUACAUGCAGAUUAUUGGAGAGUUACUUGCGCCCCAGAUAAAUCCUUUGUUAAAGACUGAAACUGUUCGACAUCAUGCAAUCUAAACGUCUCUAUGGUCUGAUGAGUGUGAUCUAUGUAUGAAGUUACAUUACCUUUUGUUUCAUGGCAUACUUAUAAAUCUGUCUUAUUUUUUUUUUUCUGCCUAUAAAAUACCAACAGAAAUGAAGAAGUGUUGAGAUCCGUUUACAGCAAGGAGACCAUGCAUGCUAUCGGUGGAGGGCUGGGUACUUGUGGAUGUAGCUACAGAGAAAAAGGCUUGUAUGUAAUUAUUAGUCAUUUUAUGUGUACGAUCUAAUGGAAUUCAAAGAAAGGGAUCUUCUCUCCUAUCCUCUAUAAUUCUGUAUGCUUUUGUAUUACCACACAAAAUAAAGUAAGGAUCCUUUAAGUGCCUGAAUUUAGCACUGUUUGCUGUUGUUUUUAUUUAUAAGUCCUUAAUACACCUGCAGUCUUUGUUUCUCUUUCACAAAAGUUGUUAAAUAGUCCAUAAUUCAGCUCUAAGGAUAUUCUGACGUGAAAUUAAUUG